AUGUGUCGCUGCGGUGCCUCUCCGGCGCCAUCUCUCGGGGGAAAGCAGCGGCCGUUUCCCUCAGACAAACUGCGGCGUGGUGGACAUCCAUCAGUCUAUAGGACGUUUAUUUCUUUACGCCGCAGACUCACAUUGUGCGCUUUGUUCCUUGAGUGGUGGCUUUGGGCUCUACUUUGUUUUUAUUUAUCGGGAUUCGAUGGAAGGGGGUGCCUGUGUGCGGCCCUUUUCUUCCGAAGAGGUCCCGGCUUUUCCUACCGCAGCUUUCUUUUUCCCUCCGUGCCUCACCAUGAGUCACAGCCGCCGGUUCCGGCGGCAUUGCUGUCACAAUUGUCCGUCAGUCUGUGGCCCGUUUGCCAAACGGAGCCUGAAGAGCUAGGACUGAAGGAAGAUCUGGAGGCGUUUGCAGAGAACAGAAACCUCAUUAAUUCUCUCCGCUCGGUUCGCAAGGCGAAGACAUACUCGUUUCACGGUCUUUUCUACCGUCGCAAGCUCAAGGACCUCCUGUCAUCCGGCCGUAUUCUAGGAUUUCUAGUGGCAUCGCCUUGGAUGCUUACAGCACGUCAUUUAUGCUACAACAGCUCCUCGACUUUCGCCAUCCCGAAAACCGGAGUAGUUCUCUCCCGACAUUUCCCCCGUCUGUCGGCCUUCUCCAGACCACGGAACAUCUGCGUUAACAAGCAGAACCUUUUCCAGCUCUCCUCACCUUUCUGUGUCGCUUAUUGCACACCUUCCGGUUGCCGCACCGGGGGCAAUGAGGGUAAUCACGACACGGAAAGAGGCGCCGAGAGGGGUGUCACCUCGUUGAAUUCGAACCGUGCUCACCAAGGCGAAACGCCAGCGGAACUGCAUGUGUCUGAGUUGGCCGUCACAGGAUCGCUGCUGUCACUGGAGUGUCGGCGUGGGGAGUUCGGGAGACGAAAAGUCAGAACGCUGUGUCUCGCUAGCUCUCGCGCUGCUUUGCCUAUCCACGAUUCCGUACAAAGCAAGGAGGAAAAAGAGAAAGCGGCAUGUGACAAGCACGUGGCUGAGGAGCGACAAAGGUCCCAAGCAAAACGUUCCUGUGUCACCAUUGCAAGCAAAGCGUCGACGAGACGAAAGAGGCGCUCUUCGUCUGGGCCGCAGCCGGUUGCCCCCCUCAGACCAGCAGUUACGGUAGAGACAGUCGAAGCAGCUUUUGCGGAUGUUGUGGAAGCAGUUCAACACUGCACUGGUUUGCUCCGCUCUUUCGACGCGCCUGUCCAGCGCGAAAGAUUCUUGAAAGACGAACAUUCUCAAGCCGACGGUCACCAGUCCGUUGGGAACGAAGUGAGCAAGGAAGAAGUGAACUCAUUUUCCUGUCGCUCUGAAAAACCAGCUGCUGAAACAGCAAAUGGCAACACAGUGACACAGAACGAGAGGGCUCAAAGCCGCAACAAAUGGAUCCCUGGUCUUACGCUUGGCCUGCCUCCAGUAGUGAAAGAGGCGGUGUCUAAAUUCAAGCAUGCUGCGCGGGACCUUCUUGGCCUUCGUACAAGCAAACAAAAGGAGAUACAGGGAACACAGGAUUCUGCGACAGCAUUCGAACGCGCAGGUGUGGGGAAAUCGAUAACAGGCGAGAAAAAUAACUCAGAAACAUCAACAACAGGCAAAAGCUGCGUAUGGUUCGACGUCACCAAGCAUCGACUGAUGGUGGAUCGGCAGGAGCUCAUGAAGGAGCUUGGCGAGACGUCGAAAGGCAGCUGGACUUUGCGGUUUCUAGGCACCGGCGCCAUGCAAGCAUCUGUGACCCGUAAUACCUCAGCUAUUCUGUUCAGUCGAGGUGACGGGGUCUCUUGGCUGUUUGACUGUGGUGGCGGUGCUUCGGCUACAGCUUUCCCUCCCCAGCCAUCCUCUGUUGUUCGACCGCGGUUCUCUCCUUUUCUGGAGAAGCUGACCAGUACUUCGUGGAUGCGUCCUCAUCUCUUGUCUCCUUCUCAUGGUGGCACUUUGUUACACUCCAGUCAACCGGCACAAUUGGUAAACUCGAAGAAGCGCCGACUACGGGAACUUGCGCUUCAGCGAAAACAAGCAGAUUUGGAAAAGUUGUUGGUGCAGCCCUCAUAUGCAGCGGCUGUAGCUAUUGCAGGUGCUGCGGUUGCUGACAGAGCUGCUCCAGGGGAAGGGGGUGAUACCGAGCAACAGGUGGAUGAGAGACAGGGAACACGACCUGCGGCGCCGCUCCAAACCGCAAGGAAGAAGCGAGUGAGCCGCAUUGGGAAGAUCUUUGUCACGCAUUUGCACGGCGACCAUUCGCUGGGAAUACCGUCGCUUCUUUCACAAGUGGCUGCCGGGGCCUUGUUGCAGCGUGAGGCUACCGAGGCAACGGCAUCAAAGUUUCAGGGAAGCUCAAAACCCUCUAGUGAUUGCGGCGACACAGGCGAGCCAAGGCCAAGCUGCAUCGAUGCGUCAAACUCCCCUGUCGAGGGAAGAAGGGCUCCCAGGACAGACCACAAGCAGGAGGGGAGAACAACACGAGACAGCUCUCGGGCGAGAAAGUGCCAGGAAGCCACCGCACCAAACGACGAUGCGAGCGAUGGAAUGCCUGUCGUCGACAUUAUUGGCCCCGAGGGCCUCCGCAACCUGCUGCGGGCAAUCUUUGUAGGGACUCACGUUCGACGAUGCGCGCGUUACCGUGUUCACGAGCUCAAGGGUGUGCCGUGUCUUCACCACGGUCGUCGGUGCUCCCAUCCGACACUUCCAGAGCUUCCCAAAGCUCCCUUCGAAGCGGAGGGGGGAAUUGAUCUGUGGCCGUCGGCCAAUGGAUCAUACGAGGUCUUCAGUGAUAGGGAAACCAAGGUCUUGGCCGUUCCUAUCCGGCACAACGUUCCUACUGUUGGUUACGUCGUAGAAGAGCUGGGGAGGACGCGACGACGCCUGCGUGCUGCUGCUCUUGAGCCAGUCGUACAGCGAAACCUUCACGCGCUUGCUGAAUGGCCUGCCUUGAGGGGUCAGCCUAAGGCAGUUUUUAAACUGCUAGCAGCCCUUCAGCCCGGAGAUUCCUUCACUUUUCCGGAUGGCACUCGAAUAGACUACAGUGACGCCUUUGAAGAGGAAGCACAUCAUCUCCGCAAACUCUGCAUUUGCGUGGACACAUGCGACGCAUCUCUCAUCGAGCAGUUUGCAAAAGGCUGUGAUAUGAUGAUUCACGAAAGCACUCUGAGCGAAUCUGGCGGGGUCCCAGACAACGGACUCGGUGUAGACGGGAAAGACGAUUUCAUUAAUGAUUAUCUGCCCUACGACGGCGACAAGGCAUGGCCAGGACGCUUCAUAGAGCAGGGCAAGACAAAGCCGAACCACACCAAUCUUGGAAAGGAUGCUGCAGGGGAGUGCGCCGGCCCAGCCUGUGGGAGUGUGCCAGGAGUUAGAACACGAUCGAAACGAAAAUGGACUGCAUUGGACGAAGAGGCUUUUGCAAGAGGGCAUUCGACUGCCGCCAUGGCCGGCGACUUUGCUGGUCGGGCCGGUGCCCAGCGGCUCGUCCUGACUCACUUUUCCCAGCGCUUCAAAGGAGAUGCCAGUCUUACGUCUGUAGCUUUGAUGAAAAGCGUCGAACAGGAAGCUUUGAAUGCAAUGUUAAAUGCUGAGAGGUCGGUUUGCCAGGCAACAUUUGAUAACGUUCAAAAAGAGGGUGGGCAGGACUGUGUACCACGGAAUGCAACGACGAGCCAGAACUGUGCCAGCGACCACGGCUCUCCUCCUCGAGUGCUAGCAGCUUUUGAUGGAAUGACUUUGCAUAUACGGAAACGCCGCGCGAAUCCUGCACAGGCGACUUUACCCCGACGAGCUGCUGAGAGAGCACAUGCAGUAGAUGUGACUGACGGAGAGGAAGCUUUAAAGGCGCAGGGAGCUCGGAAAGGAUGACGCUAUAAGCAUAACGUCCACGUCACGUUUUGAUUACCUUUGUGUUGGGAUGUAUUUCGUGGCUCGUAUCAGUGAGAUGGCAGGUUGCCAGAAGGCGACUCCGUCAGUCUUCCCACUCCAGUGUUAGGCGUAAAUGUAACCACUCAGCGAUGACGCCCGAUCGAACGAGUUUCAGAGACACAACGGCCAAAGGCAGUGUGACGGUGCAGCACCCGCGGUCACUACGCAGUGCUAUUUGUAUUAUCCAGGGCUGGGACUAACGUGGAUCUUAGCAUGGGUGAGCUGCGACAGGGAAGGCUUCCGUAGAGACUUGAAUCCUCCAGGAUUAACGUUGUAUCAACAGAUU